AUGUCUUUGGACGAAGGAGCCCUCGAGGCAGUUGCCAAUGGUGGCUCGAUUGACUUAGAAAAAUGGGCUGGCAUAGUGGCGCCACUGCUGGAGCGGCUAGAAUACAUCGUAUACAAUGUAUUCCCAAUGCCCAAGCUGCCGGGCUCCAUUAACUCACAGGCUUUCGCCCGACCACCGAUCCCACCUACCACUGAUGUCAAUUCUACUCCGCCAGAGAGCAGUAAUAAGGAAAACGCAGCUCCGGGAGCUCCCCAGAGCCCGCCCCGCACCGAGGCACCAGCUAGCUCCUCUCCGUCGACUGAGCGCGUACCGGACUCACAGCCCCAGUCCUCUGCGCCACAGGGAAACGACACGUUACCGCCUCCCCUUGCACUCCUCUUGGGCUCUAUCCGCUCUGCGAUCCAGCUUUUCUUCGUGGAAAAACCACCGCAUACGAUCCAGAGACUCGCAGAGCUCAUCCUUCGGCCGACCGCCCACUACAAAACCUUGCCGGCUUAUCUUCGCGCCGUCGACCGAGUUGUUUCCGUGACUAGCGGUGCUGAUAUUUUCCCAUUCAAUACUCCUGCCAAUACCGACCAUUCAAACGGGCUACUACAUCCCACAAACAGCGCCGGGACAUAUCUUACUCCCGAUUAUGCCCAUGGCUUGGGCAGUGACGAGUCACUGGGUGGAGCCCUCUUGACCCCGAUUCCGUGGUUAACUAACGCGUCAUUUGACGGCGGGGACUCUAGCGCCAUGGAACCGGCAGAGAAUGGGCAACCCCAGCCCCAAGAUACUGAUAUAGCGACAGCUACUGUUGCUGCGCCCACAAUUGAGGGUGAAGAGUCAGCUACAACUGGCUCUCCGCCUGCGGAGUCAGAUGAGGUUCCUCAUGCUCGCGGUCCGUCGCUUCUCGGCGUGGAGGAUAUGGGCCUGCAGGAUGGAAAGGGCGUCGAAAUGAACCUGGAAGCCCAACAGGCGGCAGUUGGUGAUGGUACCGCUGAAGAAAGUGGCAUCCAGGAAGCCCAAGCGGCUGGUGAAUCUGCCCCAGCUGACAAAGACGGCGACAUUGUCCUUGACGAUACCAACCCUAAAGAGGAAUCCAAGACAGAAGACAACCCACAGACAGAGAAGCCAGAACCAGUUGGCGAUGCCACACAGUCUUCUGAGACUAAGGAGUAA